AGCUUCAUAAAUUAUUGUUGCUAACAAUUUUAAAUAAACAAUCAAGUAAAAUAUUAAUUUUUUUUUUAAGCAAAAAAUACAUUCUAUUUUGAAAGUAGAAAUCGUUAAAUAAUUAGAUAGUUCUACAUAUUUAUACUUUCCUUUAAUAACAAGAAAUCUAGUAAAAAUAUCUAUGAACAAAAGAAACGAAAAGUAUUCGAAGAAAAAGAGAGUAGGAAAGCGGAUAGAUAUAAGGACAACCUGCUUUAUUGGAAUUAUUAGUUUAUUCUAUGAUCCACAUCGAAGACAACUAUUAGAAUCUACAAAUUGAUAUUUUAUCAUGAAAAUAAAAUUAUUGUCACAACUUAUUUUAAUUUUAAUGGGAUUGCUGGUUACUAUAUCUCAAGGAUUCCUCUUCGGAUUUCCUAGGAAUGUAUUAAGAGAUUUUUUGCAAUUAUUAAAGGAAAGGAAAGAAGUAAAGGAAAAUCUUCAUAUAGAUCAUUAUCAUAUGUAUUAUUAUCCAAUAGAAUAUUCAAUAUUUGAACCACGAUUAAAAGCACCUAAAAAAUACGAAUUAAAAGAAAUACAUAAUAAUCAUUUGGCAACACUUGGAUGGUCUAAUCAUGAAUAUAAAUAUGUUCCUGAAUCUAAAAUUAAAAUUUCUUCUAGUUUAUAUGAUUCGUGAAAACAAUCUGUAUUCUGGAAUCAUAAAAUUUUUGAUUGAUAUGUGUAGAUAUAAAUAAAAUAAUUAAAUAUUUACA